CACUACUCACUACUCCCCCCCUCCCCAACAUCCCACGCGGAUAAGCCCUGAUGUUCUGCACUGCCUCCCUACACACCGUUCCCAGACAUCCAUCCCUGUGCCAGCAUGGGUAGCCGGCGUCCUGCGCGGUGAGCGGUUUCGGCGUUCUGGGUGCCCCACGUAGGAGUGAUGGGGUCCCCCCAGGGGUACCGAGCAUCAUGGUGGACAUACCUCCUGCACCAGGCACCACACAUCAACUUCCAGUUUGAGGCAGUGGGGAGCGAAUUUGCCCCAGAGGACUGGGAGUACCAGCAGGCACUGCUGUUUCUGGCUAGCAUCUCGGGCCUCUGCUUUGCCAUCAGCCUGGUUCUCAUCUGCGUCUACCUGAUCCGCUUCUGCUGCUGCAACAACGAAGAUGACGAGGAAACCAAGACGCAAAGGGUUUGCUGCGUCACCUGGAGUUGCGUGGCAGCCGUUAUCGUCUGCUGUGCUGGGAUUGGCAUUGGUUUCUAUGGAAACAGCGAGACCAACGACGGCGUGUACCAGGUCACAUAUUCACUAAUGAAUGCCAACCAUACGCUAAGCUCCAUCGAUACUCUGGUCUCAGAGACAGUGGAGCUCCUUUCAGCAACUGUACGGGGGGAGCUGACCCAGCUGGAGGAGAUCCUGUCGCCACGGACUGACCUGGUGACCGUGGUCCGGAACACGCGUCGCCAGGCUGAAGCCGUGGCACAGUCCCUGGAUGGUGUCCCUUUCUGGGAGGAGGCACGUGGCGGGCCCAGCGUCCUGGCAGAACAAGUCGGCUACCUGGAAGACUACAGGUGGCUGGCCUACAUUUUGCUACUGCUGCUGGACCUCAUCAUCUGUCUCUUCACCUUGCUGGGGCUGGCGAAGCAGAUCAAGUGGCUGGUAAUCGUAAUGACUGUGAUGAGUUUCCUAGUACUCACCCUGAGCUGGGGCUCCAUGGGGCUUGAGACAGCAGUGGCUGUGGGACUGAGCGAUUUCUGCUUUGAGCCAGAUGGCUAUGUGAUGAACACAACCCAAGCCAGGACUGGACUCAGCCCAGAAAUCCUGCAAUACUACUUAACCUGCAGCCAAGACAUCUUUAACCCUUUCCAGCAGAGGCUCACCAUGUGCCAGAGGGCACUGUCCAACAUUCAUUCGCAGCUGUACGGACUGGAGAGACAAGCCAUCCCACAGUUCCCAGCAGCUGAGAAGAACAUCUUGUCCAUCCAGAGCACUUUGAACAUUACAGAAAGCAAUUUCCAUCACCUAGUUGCCCUCCUCAACUGUCGGGGACUUCACAAGGACUAUGUGGAUGCCCUGAAAGGGCUCUGCUAUGAUGGCAUGGAAGGGCUGCUCUUCCUCCUCCUCUUCUCCUUCCUCUCCGCCCUUUCCUUCACCACAGCCGUCUGCAGUCUGCCCCGUGCCUGGAAACGGUUCCAGAACAGGGACUCGGAGUACGACGACAUGGAGGACGACGACCCUUUCACGCCCCAGGCACGUAGGCCGCCGACGGUGCGCGCUGGGGGGGCUGGGCCCACCCUGCCCGGCUCCUAUAGCCACUGUUCAAGCUGGGGCAGCCGUGGCAGCCUGCGCCUCUCAGCCCCCCCCAUUUCCAACGCCCCCGUCUCACAGUACAUGAGUCAAAGCGCUUCGUACAGUGGCAGUCCUCGAUUUGAGAGUGUCCCCCUCAUCGACCGUCAUUCCCCACCCCCUUCGUAUUCCCCCAGCAUGCGAGCGUCUUACGUUGGUGCUAGCGAAGAAGUGGACCCCCGCUACCGGACUGGAUUUCUGCCCUAGAUGCACCCAGAAGACCCCCCCCGCCCCAACCCACAUCAAUACCAUCCAACUAACACAGAGCAGACCCCCCGCGUACACACCUCUUAUCAGAGCGCAACUGAAGCACACCCUCUCACUGCGUGUGCCCCCUCCACCCGAGUCUCUUCUUCACUCACUCCAUUUGCCUGCCCUCUGUAGAAAGCAAGGGAAGUGACGGGGGGCAGGGAUGUGAUCCCUUAAGGGACAUUAAACAGAGGCAGGAGUGAGGUGUGGGGAAAGACCAAGGAAAGGGGGUCAGAGAAAGAAUAUAAUUUUUAAGAAGAGGCAGGAUGGAGAGACAGGACAAGGGUGAGCUAAGUACAAGGCAAGAGGGGUGAAUGAAUUCAGGAAUGAGAGAAGGAAUGGCAGAAAACAGCAGGCGAGGAAUUAAUGAGUACAAAUUUAGCGUGAAAGAAUAGAACUAUAUAUAUAUAUGAAUGAGUGUAUCCAAGAGCCAAUAGAGUGGAAGGACGGAGGGACAGAGCGACUGAACAAAUGGAACGUAGGAAGCUGCCUUAUACCGAGUCAGACCAGUGGUCCAUCUAGCUCAGUGUCCUCUACACUGAUUGGCAGCAGCUCUCCCAGGUUUCAGACAGGGGUCUUUCCUAGCCCUACCCGGAAAUGCCGGGGAUUGAACCCGAGACCUUCUACAUGCAAAGCAGAAGAUCUACCACUGAGCUACAGUCCCUUUCAAAUGAGUGGAAGAAAGAUAGACUGAACAAGCAAAAGGAAAAGGGAGACAAGAGGUGGCUUAAAAUAACAGCGGAAGCCAUGCAGCGAGAGACCUAUCAUCCCUGCUCUACACUCUCAGGCUGGGCAUAUCAGAAAGGUGGAGGCCACCGCCACCACUGGGACCCACAGGGAGAUCCAAGGGAAGAGGGGAGUCCAGUUGGGGCCCAGAGCCACCCCUGCUCCCCACCAGCCUCCUUGCUCCUAAUUAGAGCCCCCCUGCCCCCACACUAACAAACGUUUGGAACUUGCCCAGUUUAAAAUAAAAGGGAAACUUUAUUUUA